AUGAACUUCCUCCAUGCGACCACCCACGAUCACGUGCACACUGCCAAUCUAACAGUCCGCGCCGCACCCCCUCUAGCACCCUCCCACCAGCGCCGCGGUAUCGCCUACAACGACCCCUCCAUUCCGGCCCUCUUCGACAAGCGCGGCUCCCUCGCUACAUGGUGCUACAACUGGGAAUCGAGCACUGCCUCUUCGACCGCCUGGUUCCGCUUUGUGCCCAUGCUACAUACACUGCUGCCGGAACACACGGCCGUUUGGAAGGCGAAUGCGGAGGAGAAGGUACGGAGCAACUACCAGGAUCAUGGGGAGACGCCUACGUGGUUUCUGGGGUUCAAUGAGCCGGAUAACUGUGUGUACGACGCUGCCAACAACGCCGCCUACUUCAAACAGCACAUCGAAGAUACGCGUAAAAUCGCCGGUGGCCGCCCUAUCUGGGUCACUGAGUUCCAUGCCAGCGGGUCCGACGAUGAGGUCAAGGCUUUCCUGGAUGAUGUGAUGCCGUGGAUGGAUAACUCGAACGAUAUUCAUCGGUAUGCAUAUUUCAUGGCGCAGCCUGGAGAUGGACUUUUGGUUAGCCCGGAUGGAAAGGGGUUGAGUGCCAUUGGGCAGGAGUACAACUUCCAUGAUGGUUAG